AGGACAGCACGCAGAGAGCCUGUCAUUUAAAAAAAAACACACCGUGAUAUUUUGUCUCACGGUGACCAUUUGUAACUCGUAACUCCAGGAAGAAGAAGACACAUCACACAAAGCCCUUAUUGGCGUCCAUGUUUUUUACGUUUUAUAUUUAUUUUUUAUUUUUUUGGUAAACCCGGCUAGAGGGGGAAAAAUUAAGACGAAAAUUUCCUUCUUUUUUUUUUUUUGUGCCGGUGGAACGGUAGCUAGCUUGCUAGCCUCAGCAAGUUGGGAAAGACAGGCAGCAGCACACCACAGUCAGCCACACCGAGCAGAGACAAUAAGAGGACUUCAUCAUUUAUAUCGCUGGCGGGACGAGCGCUGCGGGAGACGGACACAUGAAGCAUGAGAGGGUGGAGCUGAGGCUCAGCUGACCCUUCCCCUUCCUUCUCCUCCUUUCCCCCAGUGCUCCAUUCGAUCAGCACCUCCCCCCUCCCUUUCCCUCCUUUCCUCUUCCUUUCUCCCAUCACCCUGUUGGAUCUCACCCAUCUUGCCUCCCCUCCUCCUCUAAACCUCAAUCAGCCGUGCCCAAUGUACUCCCCAGAGCAGGAAAACAUCUCCACCACCGCCUCCACCAAAGUGCCAGUGAAGUAUGGAGAGCUCAUUGUGCUGGGGUACAAUGGCUCUCUGCCCAACGGCGACCGAGGUCGACGUAAAAGCCGUUUUGCACUUUGUAAGAGGCCGAAGGCAAACGGGGUGAAACCCAGCACAGUUCAUGUCGCCUGCUCUCCACAGGCAGCCAAGGCCAUAAGUAACAAAGACCAGCACAGCAUCUCGUACACUCUGUCUCGAGCCCAGACGGUGGUGGUGGAGUACACCCAUGACAGCAAUACAGACAUGUUCCAGAUCGGUCGAUCGACAGAGAGUCCCAUAGACUUUGUAGUGACGGACACGGUGGCGGGCAGCCAGAGUAACGCAGACACCCAGUCGGUUCAGAGCACCAUCUCCCGCUUCGCCUGCCGCAUCAUGUGCCAGCGCACGCCGCCUUACACUGCACGCAUCUAUGCCGCAGGCUUCGAUUCUUCCAAGAACAUCUUCUUAGGGGAGAAAGCUGCUAAGUGGAAGACGCCUGACAGUCAAAUGGACGGGUUGACCACAAACGGCGUGCUGGUGAUGCACCCUCGGAACGGCUUCACCCAGGACUCCAAACCGGGCGUCUGGAGGGAGAUCUCGGUCUGCGGCAACGUCUUCACCCUGCGAGAAACACGCUCGGCACAGCAGCGGGGAAAGAUGGUGGAGACAGAGAGUCAGGAGCUCGUCGACGGCUCUCUCAUCGACCUUUGUGGCGCGACUCUGCUGUGGCGCACAGCUGAAGGCCUGUCACGCACUCCCACCCUCAAACACCUGGAGGCGCUGCGGCAGGAGAUCAACGCGGCCCGCCCUCAGUGUCCCGUGGGCUUCAACACGCUGGCCUUCCCCUCAAUGCGUCGCAAGGACACGCCUGACGAGAAGCAGCCAUGGGUCUACCUCCAGUGCGGCCACGUGCACGGCUACCACAACUGGGGCAACCACCGCGAGGAGAGGGAGGGCCGAGAGGGCCGGCACAGGGAGUGUCCGAUGUGCCGAGCCAAAGGGCCGUACGUGCCGCUGUGGCUGGGCUGUGAGGCGGGGUUUUACGUGGACGCCGCCCCGCCCACUCACGCCUUUAACCCCUGCGGCCAUGUUUGUUCGGAUAAGACGGCGGCCUUCUGGAGUCAGAUCCCACUGCCGCACGGCACACACACCUUCCACGCCGCCUGCCCCUUCUGUGCCCAACAGCUGACUGGCGAGCAGGGCUACGUCAGACUCAUCUUCCAGGGACCCCUCGACUAGCGGGGGCGCCCUCAGCAUCCUGUGAGGGAGGCGGAGCGGGGAGUUUUCUGUUUGGACACUGACCCUGCAUUGAAAACGGGGACCUACCCAGAUAUGUUUUCUUUCCUCUACAGUUAAAUAUAAACUUUUUUCUGGACUUUUUGUCUCUCUCAUUUUUAAGUGACCUUUGUAUUGCUUUUUCAUGAAUGACAACAAAGAUUUCUAUAUUUUCAUGUGAAACCAGAGACACAAAAACCAAACAAAGAACACUGCUGGGUAAACUUUUUGCGUUUGUUUCUCGGAAAGAACUUCUAACAACAGUAUUUAUCUAAAUUACUAACAUACCGUAGUGCAAACAUACGGUUUUUAUUCAUGUUUAUUGUUGCAAUAUACAUCUGUGUACAUCUGUUAGAGCUAAUUUAAACAAAGACGUUUAUUUAUGGCCCAGGAACCAUUGCUCCAUUCUUUAUCUGUCAGAUAUGCCUAACUUCAAUACUAUUUAGCAUUUUAAUUUGAAAAUACAGUAUAUUGUUAAUCAGAUAUAAAGUUCUAGGUGUUUUCUGAGGGUUUCAGUCCGUGUCUUUCUCUCAUGUUCACCUCUCAGAUCUGUUUGUCGUAUUUAUACACCCUGUCUUCUGGCGUGCUCUCACUUUGUGUGUUAACCGUUCAGUUAUACUUCUCUCUCAUUAGGCAUCACCAUGGCCUUCUCACAUUCAAAGCAAUAGGUUUGGAAUGGAAACCUCCUAAAGCAUUAUGGGAAACUGAGUCGUCUAGGCGUUUUUGUAAACACUCAGACAGCUUGAAUGACUGCUCCCUCCCUUUAAAGUCCGAGUGAAACGUUUCUGUGGGUGAGUGAUUUUUUUUUUUCUCUGAUCACAGGUUAGCCAUGAUACCGCAGCUAUGUAGCUAAUGUCCCACAGGUCACACACACACACACACACACACA